AUGUGUCGUGUUGGUGAUGAUAUUGGCGCUGCUAUCAUCUCAUUCUCAUCUAAUGUUUAUCUGACCACCCAAGUCUCGCUCAGCUCGCGCAGCUGUCAGAUCCUUCUGUCCCUCAGGUCGGUAAUCGCUAGGACCUCUGCUCAUACGUUGUCAAUCUUGCAUUCCUUUGCGGUGAAGAAGCGUAUGCGCAAUGUGGAAAUGCCGACUAACAUGAGAAAGCCUAUAGCUCGGGCAUUUUUCUCAUCGAUUAAUCCUUUUUUUUUCCCUCUCUCGUUUUUUGCUUCGCAAUGGCGCCGGCGCUAA